AUGCUGCUGUUUUGGAUAUCAGGUCUUGGGGCCGGAAUAGUCUUACUGCACUUCGUGCAGAAACUCCUGUUCCCUUACUUCUGGAACGACUUCUGGUACCUGCUGAAGGUGGUUUGCUGUGGAAUUCGGCUGCAGCUGUACAGUUGGAAAGGGCAGCUCGUCACUGUCCUGGAUAAAUUUCUGAGCCAAGCCAAGAAGCAGCCCCAGAAACCUUUCAUCAUCUACGAAGGGGACAUCUACACCUAUGAGGAUGUGGACAAAAGGAGCAACAAAGUGGCCUAUGUCUUCCUGAACCAUUCCACGCUGAAAAGGGGGGACACUGUGGCUCUGCUGAUGAGCAAUGAGCCCGACUUUGUCCACGUGUGGUUCGGCCUAGCCAAGCUGGGCUGUGUGGUGGCCUUCCUCAACUCCAACAUUCGCUCCAACUCCCUCCUGCAUUGCGUCCGCAGCUGUGAGCCUAGGGCCCUCGUGGUGGGCACAGAUUUGCUGGAAGCCAUAGAAGAGAUCCUCCCCAACCUCCCAGAAGAUAUCAGUGUUUGGGCAGUGAGAGACUCUGUUCCCCAAGGCAUAAGUUCACUCACAGAAAAACUGACAACAGCAUCUGACAAGCCAGUGCCAAGCAGCCACCGUGUUGCCUCAAACCUCAAGUCUCCCUAUCUUUAUAUUUUUACCUCUGGAACAACAGGUCUACCAAAAGCAGCUGUGAUUACUCAGCUACAAGCUUUAAAGGGUUCAGCUGGAUUGUGGGCUUUUGGUUGUACUACGGACGAUAUCAUUUAUAUAACCCUUCCUCUGUAUCAUAGCUCAGGAUCUCUCCUGGGAAUUGGUGGAUGUAUUGAGUUAGGAGCUACUUGUGUGUUAAAGAAGAAAUUCUCAGCAAGCCAAUUUUGGAAUGACUGCAAAAAGUAUAAUGUGACUGUGUUUCAAUAUAUUGGAGAAAUCUGUCGCUACCUUUGCAAACAACCUAAGAGAGAAGGAGAAAAGGACCAUCAGGUGCGUUUGGCAGUUGGAAAUGGUGUGCGGAGUGAUGUAUGGAGAGAAUUUGUAGACAGAUUCGGAAAUAUUAAGAUGUGUGAGCUUUAUGGAGCAACUGAAGGGAACAUUUGUUUUAUGAAUCACACUGGGAAAAUUGGAGCAGUCGGGAGAACAAAUUUCUUUUACAAAGUGUUUUUCAAUUUCGACUUGAUAAAGUAUGAUUUUCAGAAAGAUGAACCCAUUAGAAAUGAACAGGGCUGGUGCAGCUGCGUGCAAAAAGGAGAACCUGGACUUCUCGUUUCUCAAGUGAAUAAAAAGAAUCCCUUCUUUGGUUAUGCUGGGAGUAAGAAGCACACGGAAAAGAAAUUGCUCCAUAAUGUUUUUAAGAAGGGAGAUGUUUACUUUAACACAGGAGAUUUAAUGGUCCAAGAUCAGGAGGAUUUCCUUUAUUUUUGGGACCGUAUUGGAGACACUUUCAGAUGGAAAGGGGAAAACAUUGCAACCACGGAGGUUGCUGAUGUUAUUGGAAUGUUGGAUUUCAUAGAAGAAUCAAAUGUCUAUGGUGUGGCUGUGCCAGAUUGUGAAGGGAAAGCAGGAAUGGCCUCUAUUAUUUUAAAACCAAAUAAAUCUUUAGACUUGGAAAAAGUUUAUGAACAAGUUGUAACAUUUCUACCAGCUUAUGCCUACCCACGGUUUUUAAGAAUUCAGGAGAAGAUGGAAGUGACAGGGACAUUCAAACCAAAGAAGUUUCAGUUGGUUCAAGAAGGAUUUAGUCCAUUGAAAAUUUCUGAUCCACUUUACUUCAUGGACAACUUGAAAAAAGCUUAUGUUCCACUGACCAAAGAACUUUAUGAUCAAAUCAUGCUAGGUGAGAUCAGACUUUAAGGUUCGUUUAGUCUGCGGCGUUUCCACAUGCUUCCUCAGGCGAGGUGAGAGCAGGGCACGAGGCUCUCGGCGCGAGAUGAGGAAAGGAACUGACGUUCACUCAGCAUGAGCUGUAUUUCCUUACUGUGCAACCGCUUUCCUUUAACUGAGACCUUUAAUUUGUUUUAAUAACAAACUUCAGUUAAUUAUCCUUUUUACCUAUUUGGGGAUUCAGUGCAUAACUAAAAAUUUGCCUUAAUCACAAAUCUUUUAAAUAAUAAGUAAGUGGGUAAUGUGUAGAUACUUAAUAAGAAUGUACUUUUUAAUACUUAAAGUUUCUAGUUUUGAAUACAUGGUUAAAUCUUACUCAAAUGUUUAAUUUUUAUGUGCCCUGUCCUGUUAUUCAAUAAAAUCAUCUUCAUUAAUACGUG